UGUCACCACCACUCCGUCCGGCACACAACGCAACAAACAACAUAUUCAAAAUGCCUCCCAAAGCACCAAAGGCACCCCAGGCCGAGGUCAGCCUCGGACCUCAGGUUGGACAGGGCGAGCUCGUGUUCGGCGUUGCACACAUCUUUGCCUCUUUCAACGACACCUUCGUCCACAUCACUGACUUGUCCGGAAAGGAGACCAUCUCGCGAGUUACUGGUGGUAUGAAGGUCAAGGCAGACCGUGACGAGUCUUCUCCCUACGCUGCCAUGCUUGCCGCUCAAGAUGCCGCAGUUCGCUGCAAGGAGGUCGGCGUCACUGCUCUUCACAUCAAGCUGAGAGCGACCGGUGGUACCUCCACCAAGACUCCUGGUCCUGGUGCUCAGUCCGCCCUCCGCGCCCUUGCUCGUGCUGGUAUGCGCAUCGGUCGCAUCGAGGACGUGACCCCUGUGCCAAGCGAUGGUACUCGUCGCAAGGGUGGUCGUCGUGGUCGCAGACUGUGAUCGAUUUUCGCAUCCGCACACAGAUCCAUUUUUCCCCUCCGGCCCACGUCUUCUCAAGUCUAUUCCAGCAGACUUCUCAUCAUGUCGUACCAAGCCUUCUUGUCAAGCUCGGCUCACGUCACACUACCCCAAAUUCUACACAAGCCGCAAAGUGCAAAGCCUUUUCAUGUUCGCGUUUCGUUCACCUACAAAAUUACAUCCUCGCCGAGAGGUGGGCACUCUGCGUCACAAGAGUCCCCGACCCUCACCCAUGUACCAGCACAGUACGGGUCAAAGCGGCCUCCAACCCAAUCCAUCUGUCGACCCAUUCA